GCUGACCUGGGCCAAAGACACCCGGCUGGAGUCCCUCCUCCACCACUGAUGAGCUCUGUGACUUGGGCAUGUCACUGCUUCAUGAGGCUCGCUUUCCCUGCCUAAAAUGGUCUCCCUCUCUUUCCACACCUGAGUGUGAAAGGCCAAAGGAAAGUGGAGCCUCCCAGGCCCUCACGGGGAGCCACGCACAGGGCGGGCCCUUCCCAGACCACUCCGACGACGCGCCCUGUGCUCAGGGCUUCCUGUCCUCAUCCCCCCAGCCCCUGUCCUGGGAACCUGCUCUGGGUUGUCAGAGAGCCAAACUUCUGUCAACCCCACCCGCGAUGGGCAGUUAAUGAGUGACCAGGCCUCUGAAGCCUGUCCUAUAAGGAGCUGCCAGCCGGGAAGCAGGUGGGAGACAGGUGGACAGCGGCGGCAGGAACAGAGGGAGCAAGAUGGGCAGCAGGACCCUGUUGGGACACCUGUCAGGGGUGGCUGUGGUCCUGCUGCUGCUGCUGCCGCAGGGCACACGCUCAGUCUACGUCAAGCACCAAGGCUUCCAGAUCCAGCUGGAAUCAGUGAAGAAGCUGAAGGACCUGGAGGGACAGUGGGUGCCCAGCCCCCGCCUGCAGGCCCAGAGCCCCUUGCCCCCUGUGUGCCACCACCCAGCCUUGCCCCUGGAUCUUCAGCCUAUCUGUGCCUCCCAGGAUGCUGCCAGCAUCAUGCAGGACUUGAGGUUCAUGGACAAUGAAGAGUGUGAACUGUGUGUGAACAUCGCCUGUACCGGCUGCUAGGAUGACCCGGGCACCUGCCCUCCAGGCCCA